CUCAUUUUGCAAGAUUUAAAUCAACUAAGGUGGUGGGGUCUGACUGGGUAAAGAAUUGUUUAGUAGUAGGCUAGGGUGGGUGAAAAAUACUAUUUUAUAGGACUUCAGUUUUAAAUGUUUGGUUAAGAUAUAGCUAAGCAGGACACAAGUUUCACUAUAUAAACAGGGUCCAAAGGGAAGUUCUUUGGAAUCUAACUCCAGGACACAGCCCAAAAUCAGAGCUGACAGACCUCAACACCCUGCCAACCAUGUGGUGCAGAAGCUGGAGUCCCCAGAUGACCUGACUCUGACUGGCCACCAGGAAAAGUUUGUCUGCCUUAUUGGGACUGGUGGUUCUGGGUACAGCCUCACUCCUCCCUCCAUGAAAGCAACAUCAGACAACCGUUUCACGCCUUUUUUUCUGGGUGAACACUGCAGACGCCAUACCACAGCAAGCAUGGAGCCCGCUCAGCUCAAGACAGCAGUCAUGAACAUUGUAAACACCUCGCGCAUUCUCGUGCAGUUUAUGCUGAACCAGGACCAGAAAAACGAGGCGAGGAGGAGGCGGCGACGGCAGCGCAGCGACAAGAGUGAUGAGGACAUGGACAUGGACACAGAAUUCUCUCAAACUGCGGGCCCCGGUGCUUUGGAGAUCAUGUUGUUAAUGGGGCAGAUUCUAUCCGUGGAACGCCGAUUCUGGGCCCGGGAAACAAGCACAGACUGGUGGGACCGCAUAGUGUUGCAGGUGUGGGACGAUUCCCAGUGGCUGCAAAACUUUCGCAUGCGUAAGGUUACUUUCAUGGAACUUUGUGACUUGCUGUCCCCUGCCCUGAAGCGCCAGAAUACCAAGAUGAGAGCAGCCCUCACAGUUGAGAAGCGAGUGGUGAUAGCCCUGUGGAAGCUUGCAAUGCCAGACAGCUACCGGUCAGUCAGGAAUCAAUUUGGAGUGGGUAAAUCUACUGUGGGGGCUGCUGUGAUGCAAGUAGCCAAAGCAAUCACUGAGCUGCUGCUACAAAAGGUAGUGACUUUGGGAAAUGUGGAUGGCUUUACUGCAAUGGGAUUCCCUAACUGUGGUGGGGCGAUAGAUGGAACCCAUAUCCCUAUCUUGGCACCGGAGCACCAGGGUACCCAGUACAUAAACCGCAAGGGGUACUUUUCAGUGGUGCUGGAAGCAUUGGUGGAUCACAAGGGACGUUUCACCAACAUCAACAUGGGCUGGCCGAGAAGGGUUCAUGAUGCUCGCAUCUUCAGGCACACCUACUCUGUUUAAACGGCUGCAGCAAGGGACUUACUUCCCGGACCAGAAAAUAACCGUUGGGGAUGUUGAAAUGCCAAUAGUUAUCCUUGGGGACCCAGCCUACCCCUUAAUGCCAUGGCUCAUGAAGCCAUACACAGGCAGCCUGGACAGGAGUCAGGAGCUGUUCAACUACAGGCUGAGCAAGUGCAGAAUGUGGUAGAAUGUGCAUUUGAACAUUUAAAAGGUCGCUGGCAAUCGUUACUGACUCGGUCAGACCUCAGCCAAACCAAUAUCCCCAUUGUUAUUGCUUCUUGCUGUGUGCUCCACAAUCUCUGUGAAAGUAAGGGGGAGACCUUUAUGGUGGGGUGGGAGGCUGAGGCAAAUCGCCUGGCUGCUGAUUAUGCUCAGCCAGACACCAGGGCAAUUAGAAAAGCACACCAGGAAGUGCUGCGCAUCAGAGAAGCUUUGGAAACCAGUUUCAUGACUGGCCAGGCUACAAUGUGAAAUUUCUGUUUGUUUCUCCUUGAUGAAAACCCGCCCCCUUUAUUGACUCAUUCUCUGUAAGGAACCCACCUUCCCCCUUCGAUCACAGCUUGCUUUCAAGGGAAAUAAAGUCACUAUUGUU